AUGCCCACCGUUCUUCUCGCGACCGCGUGGGUUGACAUACACACUUCUGAAGGAAGAUGUUUUAAGGUCCGCGCUUUAUUAGAUCAAGGGUCUAAUUUUAGCUUUAUUUCCGAAGCAUUGAGUCAAACGCUUCGCACUAAACGACAGAGGACCGAUCUUCAAAUAAAAGGUUUCGGGGAGAAAUAUGCCGGUUCUGCGCGAUCGAGAGUUUCGCUAAAUUUGACGCCGUGCGAAAAAUUGAAUCCUGUUUUUCCGGUCACUGCGUAUGUAUUCCCGCGAAUAACUUCGUACGCCACGUCGCGAAUUCGGCCUAUAGAAUCAUGGCCUCAUUUACAGGGCCUUUCACUAGCAUAUCCGGAUCCAUCUAGUCGACAUCAGAUUCACAUGCUGAUCGGCGCGGACGUGUACGGUUCGCUCUUAUUGCGCGACCUGAGACAGGGCCCCUAUGGAGCGCCCACUGCCCAAUCGACCUCGUUCGGUUGGAUAAUCUCUGGACCGACCGGAAGUAAAGAAACUACUUCACAAGAAGUAACUGUUUUGAAUUGCGUAUCCGCGCUGGAUGUGGACUCUCUCCUCCAGAAAUUCUGGGAGGACAAAGAGAUUCCCACGCCAACUUCCCUCACGGAGGAGGAAGAAAAAUGCGAAUCUCAUUUCGCUCAAACGCACAGUCGUGAUCCUGACGAAUACGAGGCCCUUGGACAUAUGACUCGCGUUGGCGAGUCCGAACCCACUGAGAAUAUACCGAUUUAUAUUCCCCAUCAUCCAGUAAUAAGAGAGGAUAGUUGCACCACCAAGCUUCGAGUCGUAUUUAACGCGUCGUGUAAAACCCGGAAUGGCACGUCACUUAACGACCAUUUGCUCAUCGGGCCAAAGUUGCAGCAGGAUCUCCCUGCCGUCUUAUUGCGUUGGCGUGCAUGGCGCUUGGUUUAUACGGCAGACAUCGCCAAGAUGUUUCGACAAAUACGCGUACAUCCGCGGGACGUCGAUUACCAAAGAAUCCUGUGGCGUCCGACGGAUGACGCUCCGCUUACUCAUUUUCGCCUUCUUACAGUGACGUAUGGUUUAGCAUCGGCACCUUAUCUUUCGAUGCGCGUGCUUCGACAGCUCGCGCUUGAUGAAGGUGCAAAGUUUCCUGCCGCGGUACCGAUCGUCAAUGAUUCCAUUUACGUGGACGACGCAUUGUUCGGAGCAAACGAUAUCGAUUCGUUAAUAAAUACGCGAACUCAGCUCGCUGAGCUAAUGAGGCGCGGAGGUUUUUCACUUCGUAAAUGGGCUUCAAACUGUAGCGAGCUUCUUGACGAUUUAUCCAGCGAUCAAUCGGACGUUACCGAUCACCUUAUCCUAAAGGACGAAACGUUGAAAAUACUCGGAUUAUCAUGGCUCCCUACGGAAGACUCCUUCCGCCUUACUGUGAAAUUUAAUUUUCCUACCGCGUUAACUAAGCGUUCAAUCCUGUCGUGCAUCGCGAGCUUGUAUGACCCCCUCGGAUGGGCUGCGCCGGUUGUAAUAAACGCAAAAAUCAUUCUGCAAGAGCUAUGGCUUUUACAUUGCGACUGGGAUGCUCCGCUUCCGAACGAAUUGAGUCAACGGUGGAAUGCUUUCGCUUCCGAGUUCCCGCAAUUAGAAUCCGUUAGAAUUCCUCGGUGGACGGGUCAGAGCCCUGAUAAUCUCGCGUUAGAAAUACAUGGAUUCGCCGACGCUUCAAAUCGCGCGUACGCUGCGGUCGUAUACUUGCGCGUUUUCCAUUCUCUUUCGGAAUACCGUGUUAGCUUGAUCGUUGCGAAGUCGAAGGUGGCUCCCGUCAAGACUGUUAGCAUUCCGCGGCUCGAGCUCAACGCCGUUGUUUUAUUGAGUCGACUCGUUAAGUGGGUAAUUAAGUCAUUAAAUAUUAUUCAUUGUCCGAUCCAUUGUUGGACGGAUCCACGAUCGCGUUGGCAUGGUUACGCCAACAUCCAUCGAAACAGGACUACUAUAUCGCAUCAGGUAAUCGACUCGGCAACUGUCAUACCGUGCAAUGUCGACGCACCGAGGCCAAACAUCCAAAUACCUCACAUCAAUUGGUGA